CCCAACCUGCCCCGAGUGCGUGCGCACUUCGGACCUGCGACCAGCCGCACUGUCCAGAGUGCUGGAGCUCGAGCGCACCGACUGAGCACCUGGGAACAUCUGGAGGACACCUGGGGACGGGCGCUGGAGCAUGCGCUGAGUGAGGGUCCCGGAGCGAGUGCAGUGAGAGAAGCCGGGACGACCACCUCCCCCCUCCCACUCCCACCGCGCUCCGAACCUCCUGCGGGAAGAGCCGCCAGAGAGAGCCGUCAGAAGCCGUCGGAGAAGGAAGGUGGCGGCGCGCGCGCGCGGGACCCCCGAGCUCCGGCAAAAAUGCGCCUUCGUGGAUUAUCGGUGCUGCUCCUGCACGCGGUGCUCUUGUGCAGAAACCUGGCGACGGAACCUGUGCCCGAUGACUAUGAUGAAGAUGAGGAGCUGGACGAAGGAGACUUGAAGGAGCAUUCGGAGCCCGACCUGGAGCAGCAGCUGCGCUCGGCGUCCAGCGUGGACGAGCUGCUGCGCAUCAUCUACCCGGGCUACUGGGCCAUGCUGAGGUGCCGCUCGAAGCGCGGCCAGCGAUUUCACGGGAGGAGCUCGACGGGGGGCGAUGAGCCCGUCGCCUUCGCCGCGGCCUUCCACAACUUGGAGAUCUAUAAAAGUAUAGAGUCUGAGUGGAGAAAGACGCUGUGCAUGCCGCGGGAAGUGUGUUUAGAUGUGGGGAAAGAGCUUGGGGCGCCUACAAACACCUUCUAUAAACCACCCUGCGUGUCUGUCUACAGAUGUGGAGGCUGCUGCAACAGCGAGGAGCUGCAGUGCAUGAACACCAGCACCUCCUACGUCAGCAAAACGCUGUUUGAAAUCACGAUACCCAUCACCCAGGGCAUGAAGCCAGUCACCGUGAGCUUUGCCAACCAUACCUUGUGCCGCUGCCUGUCCAAGCUGGAUGUUUACAGACAGGUCCACGCUAUCAUCCGCCGGGCUCUCCCAGAGUGCCACGUCGCAAAUAGAACGUGUCCGAAGAACCAGAUGUGGGACGACUACCUGUGCAGAUGUGUGCCGCAGCCAGAUGGUGCGUUUCCAUCCUCAGGCUCUGACUCAUUUGGGGACGAUUUUUGUGGACCGGACAAGGAGCUGGACGAAGACACGUGCCAGUGCGCGUGCAAGAGGCCGCCGAAGGUAUCCGGCUGCGGGCCGUAUCGCGUGAGGGACAAGCACACCUGCAAGUGUGUCUGCAAAAUGUUGCCCUCUAGUUGCGGGCCCAACCAGGUGUUCAACAAGGAUACCUGCCAGUGCACCUGCGCCAAGGUGUGUCCCCGGCACCAGCCCUUGAAUCGCACCAAAUGCGCCUGCGAGUGCACAGAGUCGCCCAACCGCUGCUUCCUGCGGGGACGACGCUUUCAUCAAGCCACCUGCAGCUGUUACCGGCCCCCCUGUGAAGUGAGGAGGAGGAAGUGCGAAGCGGGAUUUUACUUCAGCGAGGAGGUCUGCCGCUGUAUACCCACAUACUGGAGAAGACUGGAUUAAGCAGAACUCGCGUGGCUGUUGGACACGCUGGGUCGAUUUAUUUGAAAAGAGCGGACCGUGGCCCUUUGCAAAAAGGCCACAAUCCCACUGGACACAGUGUGUGCAGGACCUUGGGGGAAAAAUUGAUCACAAGCAUCAACAGCAACAUCAGCAUCAUCAUUGUCAACUUGGAGGAACCAUCACAAAAAUUUGGGUGGACCUGAGCGUGACAUUAAGUACUUUUUAAGGACUUGCGUGUUCGAGGAGAGAGCAGUUUUUUUUUUUAAUGGUUAUCGUUUUGUUAUUUGUAUGUGUCAAAUAAUGAUUUUAUAAUUUAUUGCCACCAAUUGUUUUUUUUUUUUUGCAACAUUCCUGUUCAUAGUAAUUCAGCCUUUCAGAAAAAUACACUGUGAUCAAUAUU